GAGAGAGAGAGAGAGAGAGAGAGAGAGAGCGAGCGCGAGCUGUUGGUGAAGAAGAUCAGUUGAGUCUCGGGCACGGACAUCUUCAGUCAAUGACAGCGCGUGCAUUCUCCUCUUGAAGAUGCUUGUGCUGAUCGGUGUGUGCGCGCUACUGAUCGCCGGAGCUUCUGCCCGUAACGAUAACGGCAAUUUUCUGGACGACAAAUGGUUGACCGGGAGAUGGGACAAAUUCAGAGAUGAACCAGGAACAUGGAACCCAGGAAAGCCAUUUGAUCAAGCUCUGGACCCUGCCAAAGAUCCAUGCCUCAAGAUAAAAUGUGGCCGCCUUAAAGUGUGUGUGGCGGAAGAUUACCAAACACCCACCUGUAUCAGUCAACGCAGUAUGAGUUUUAAAGAUGUGAAUUUGAACUCACCACUGCUAAAUUGCAAGAGAUGUCCAGUGGUGCAUCCUUCACCUGUUUGUGGAACAGAUGGACAUACUUACUCCACCAAGUGUAAACUGGAAUAUCAAGCCUGCAUCUCUGGGAAGCAGAUUUCUGUGAAAUGUCCAGGACAGUGCCCCUGCCCUUCAGGGAGUCCUGUGGAGAAGAGAGACUGCGGGAAUGCAGAGAUGACUGAAGCGGUUAACAGAUUAAGAGACUGGAUCACAGCUCUACAUGAGAGUGGCAAUCCAAGCAAGAAACUCAUGUUCCAGAAGCCAGAGAAGAAGGUAGACACGAGUAAGGUGCCCCUCUGUAAGGACUCUCUGGGUUGGAUGUUCUCCAGACUGGACACAAACUUUGACCGUCAGCUCGACCAAUCAGAGCUUUCCAGCCUGAGCUCAGAGAAGAGAGAUGUGUGCACUAAUGACUUCCUUAUGUCAUGUGACCCAGACAGAGACAGGCUCAUUUCCAGCCAGGAGUGGUGUUCCUGCUUUCAGAGAUACCAGGAGGCUCCCUGCCAAUCAGAGAUGACCAGUAUCCACAAACAGCUAGCUGGGAAGAAAUUGCUUGGUCCGUACAUUCCCUCCUGUGAUGAGGAUGGCUUCUAUAAAGCUCACCAGUGUCACGGCAGCAGUGGUCAGUGCUGGUGUGUCGAUCGCUAUGGAAAUGAAGUUGCGGGGUCACAUACACUUGGGCAUGCUGACUGCGCAAUGGAGGCUUCUGGAGAUUUUGGCAGUGGUGACUCUCUGCUCACAGACGAUGAGAAUGGUGAUGCUGUAAAUGAUGAAGAGGAUAUGGGAGAUGAUGAGGAUGAAUAUGAUCAAGUUGAUGAUGAGAAUGGAUACCUGUCAUAGUCCGUUUUUCAUUUUUAACUUUCAGAAAAAUUCAAAAGAAGGAACCAAAUAAAAGAAAAACGGACUUUCAUUUGGUCUAAAAGCACGUUUCUAGGUGACCUUGGCAGAAUACAGUACUAACAUUACUAAAGGAUUCAUCUGCCCCUGUGCUGUAUAACAUUUGUAUAGAAUUAAUAUCAACAUUUGAUAACCACGUUUCUUUUUUUUUUUCUUUUUUUUUUUAAUCAUCCAAAGUGAAGAAGUGUAUUGACAGACCUUGGAAUUCAGGAAUUCAGAAGUAGGUUUGGUGAGCGUUUUAACCGAUUAAUGAGGGUUUAUUGUUUGCACUGAUAAACAUGCACAAACACACACAUACACAUAUAAAAUACAUGCUUAUACACACCUGAAGGCAUGAUUCCAUGAGAAGCUCUCUUACUUUGAAUUCUCACUCCAUAACUCUUGAAAUUAAGGAUGUGAUUUUUACAGGCAUGAAGGGUAAAUGCAGAUUGUCUCCUGUUUUUCAUGAUUUUGCUAUUAGGGACAAAAUAUGACCCCUUUUCACACAUUUUCUCUCAUUUUAACAACAGUUAAAACAAUGCUACAUUAUCACAAACCUACACUAAUUAAUCCUGGGUUUUAAUCAGCAGAAUUUAUAAUCACUAAUAAAGAUUGCAGGUAAACUACUUGAUUAGCCAAAAUGAAUCAGUAUUUGAUUUGUAAAGGGGGGACAUUCUAGAGUAUUAAUAUGUUUGGAAUGGUUCAGACACAGCCUGGAGUGUCAAUGUUAUGAGAGGAAACAUGGAUAAUACACACUCACACAUGCAUACGCACACUGAUCUUGACAUCGUUUUGGCAGUCCUUGGGCAUGAGGUGCCUUUGACGCAACAUGAAGUAAUGGAGGAAAUAGAGAGGUCUGGAGAAAGAAAGAGUGAUAUAUUUAGAAUGUACUGAAGAACUCUUGACUGCCAUAUGAAGCUUAAUGAA